AUGCAUGCUCCCACUACUGAGCAUUGGAGUGCAAUCAAGUGCAUACUCAGAUAUUUGAAACACACUAUUCAUUAUGGGAUUUGUUUGGUCGUUGCUCCUCUUACCUCUCUUUGCCUUCAUGCAUUCUCAGAUGUUGAUUGGGCAGGAAGCCUGAAUGACAGAAGAUCUCAUGGUGGUUUUUGUAUCUACCUAUGCCCCAAUUUGAUCUCAUGGUCUUCCAAAAAGCAAGCUACCGUUUCUCAGUCCAACAUGGAGUCUGAAUACCAAAGCAUAGCAUGUGCUAUUUCAAAAUUACUUUGGCUUCAAUCCUUACUUCGUGAACUUGUUAUUCUUCCCGCUUCUCCUCUUGUCCUCUGGUGUGAUAAUCUUGGUGCGACGUAUUUAACUACAAAUCCUAUUUUCCAUGCUCGUACCAAGAAUAUAGAGAUUGAUUUCCACUUUGUUCGAGAGCAUGUUGCUCGCAAGGCCUUGGAUGUUCACUUCAUUUCUAGUGUAGAUCAGUGA